AUUGAUAAAGAGAUUGAGCUGCACAGAAUGCUUAAUCAUAGGCAUGUCGUGCAGUUUUAUCACUACUUUGAAGACAGAGAGAAUAUUUACAUUCUUCUGGAGUACUGCAGUAGAAGGUCAAUGGCUCACAUCCUAAAAGCCAGGAAGGUAUUGACGGAACCAGAAGUGCGAUACUACCUCAGGCAGAUUGUGUCAGGGCUCAAGUAUCUUCAUGAACAGGAAAUCUUGCACAGGGACCUUAAACUAGGUAACUUUUUCAUUAAUGAGAACAUGGAACUGAAACUAGGUGACUUUGGCUUGGCAGCUAGACUGGAACCACUGGAGCACCGGAGGAGAACAAUAUGUGGCACACCGAAUUACCUCUCUCCAGAAGUCCUCAACAAGCAAGGGCAUGGCUGUGAAUCCGAUAUUUGGGCCUUAGGCUGUGUAAUGUAUACAAUGCUGUUGGGAAGACCUCCAUUUGAGACUACAAAUCUCAAAGAAACCUACAGAUGUAUAAGGGAAGCAAGAUAUAGUCUGCCUUCAUCUCUCCUUGCACCUGCAAAACACUUGAUAGCUAGCAUGCUGUCAAAAAAUCCUGAAGACAGACCCAGUUUAGAUGAUAUAAUUCGACAUGACUUUUUCUUACAGGGCUUUACACCAGACAGACUCUCUGCUAGCUGUUGUCACACUGUUCCUGAUUUCCAUUUGUCAAGUCCUGCUAAAAAUUUCUUCAAAAAGGCAGCUGCUGCUCUCUUUGGUGGUAAAAAGGAUAAAGCAAGAUACUUUGACACACACAAUAGACUAGCUAAAGAAGAUGAAGAAAUUUACAAGCUCAGGCAUGAUUUGAAGAAGACUUCGAUAACCCCACAGCCUCACAAACACCGAACAGAUGAGGAGAACCAGCCUCUUACCACAACAGUAGCCAAGCCAGGGAUGUUAUCAGAAACAAAGCAGACUGGAGAUGCCAUUCGGAUGAUAGUCAGAGGAGCUUUAGGAAGCUGCAGCAGUAGCAGUGAAUGCCUGGAAGACAGUACCAUGGGGAGUGUUGCUGAUACUGUGGCAAGGGUAUUGCGAGGAUGCCUAGAGAACAUGCCAGAAGCAGACAGCAUUCCUAAGGAGCAGCUAACAGCAUCCUUCCAGUGGGUUACAAAGUGGGUGGACUAUUCUAACAAGUACGGUUUUGGGUACCAGCUGUCGGAUCACACCGUUGGAGUCCUCUUCAACAACGGGGCACACAUGAGCCUUCUGCCAGACAAAAAGACAGUCCACUACUAUGCUGAGCUAGGCCAGUGCUCUGUCUUCUCAGCCACAGAUGCUCCCGAGCAGUUCAUUAGCCAAGUAACAGUUCUGAAAUAUUUCUCUCACUACAUGGAAGAGAACCUUAUGGAUGGAGGAGAUCUACCCAGCCUCACAGAUGUUCGUAGGCCCAGACUUUACCUCUUACAGUGGCUUAAAUCUGAUAAAGCGUUAAUGAUGCUCUUCAAUGAUGGCACGUUUCAGGUCAACUUCUACCAUGAUCAUACAAAAAUCAUCAUUUGCAAUCAGAGUGAGGAGUACCUUCUUACCUACAUCAAUGAGGACAGGAUAUCCACGACGUUUCAUCUGACCGCUCUUUUGGCUUCUGGAUGCUCGUUGGAACUAAAACACAGAAUGGAAUAUGCUCUGAACAUGCUGCUGCAGAGAUGUAACUGAAGGGACUGGCUCUGUUUAAACCAAAAGGACCCUCUUGUUCACUGUGAAAGCUACAGUGGAGAUGGUGGAGCAACUAGUAUGUUGAUGAUGGAUGUGUGGUGGUACGAAACCUUGACUGUCAUGGUGUGCUGGGCACACUGCUAUUAGAAGCCUAAAGCUACUGUUGGACUAAAUGGAUGUGAGAAGGAGUUCUUUGGACCAUAGUUUUCCUUGCUUCGUGUGUAUGUUAAAGAUCUUUCUGACUCAAACUCAGCAGAGUAUGACUGCUUGCCCUGUAAGGGAGCAUUUCUGAUGGAGUUAAACUGUGAAUACGCAUCUGGAAAGGGAGGGAAGGGAAACUCCAUUGUUGUGGAAUAGCUGUAAGAAGCAGCUCUGCCUGCUUAACU